AUGAAGAUCUUAUUCAUCAACCACAAGUUGCUGAAGUCCGCCUGGAGUAGCAGAUUUGGUAGAUCGGUGCCCCAAGCCGUGAGGCUGUUUACCUCUCUCAAUCUUUCCGAGUUUGAAGCCAUUAAUCGCGGGGACAAAGAAGUGCCGAAGUACUUUAAUUUUGCGAGUGAUGUGCUGGAUAAAUGGUCUAAAAUUGAAAAGUUUCAUAAAAGGGCAGCUCCUUCCAGCCACAACUGUGUUCAAACCCGGAGCGAUGAUCCAAUGGUUACCUUCUUCACCAGUGGAACCACGGGUUCUCCAAAGAUGGCUGAGCACUGUCAAACCAGCUUAACCUUGGGCUUAGCUUUAGUGGGAAGGCAAUCCAGCAUCCCAGCUAAAAUGUCCGUGUCUCGCAGGUAUUGGCUGGACUUCAAACCUUCCGAUGUCAUAUGGAACAUGUCAGAUACUGGUUGGGUGAAGGGCACUAUGGGAGGUAUCUUCGCCCCUUGGCUUCGUGGGACCAGUGUCUUCAUACACAGCAUGACACAGUUUGACCCAAAGGAGGUCCUAAAAGACAGCCCAGAAAAAAAUGCAGCAGUUGUCCGGGGAAACUUCUACAUCACUGGUGACCGAGGCUGGAUGGAUGAAGAUGGCUACUUCUGGUUUAUUGGAAGGUCUGAUGAUGUCAUCAUCUCCUCAGGGUUGGUCCAUCUCAACAUAUGUUAGAAAAAGUCGGAGGGUGGGAAAGUGUUGUGGCCCAGUAGGAACCCUUGGAGCUGCCAU